AUGCUCAAGAACGCUAUUUUUAUAAGUGUAAUAGUCAUAUCAUUAUUCUUGCCAAUUACCUGUAGAGGUAAGAGAACAAAAACACGCGAAGCUGCUCUAAUUGAAAUUUUGUUUGACGACUCCGAUUAUUCAAAUGAAGUGCGUCCCGUAUAUGACGAGAAAACCGUGACCAAUGUGACUUUACAGUUAAAUCAAUUUCGAUUGCUAUACCUCGACCAAACCUCAGAAACUGUCAAGUUUAUGGUUGAAUUUGUGGUGACAUGGAGGGAUGAAUUUCUGAGCUGGGAUGCUGAUGAAUAUAAUUUAACGGAAAUUAAUGUGAAAGAAGAUCGUGUGUGGCGUCCCGACAUUGUUAUAUCAUCGGCGGUCUCGAGUUCGUCUCCCCUCGACGAAAAUUCGCGAUAUAUUAAUUUGGAUAAUGAUGGAACGGUGACGGAGAGUAUUUAUGGAAUGUAUGAAAACAUUUGCGAAAUGAAGGUCAAUGAUUUCCCGUAUGAUUCGCAGAAUUGCGCUGUUAAUAUUGGCCCGUGGAACUAUAGAAGCAAUCAGGUCCAUAUAAUUGCUGGUAAGCCCAGCAAUUGGGAAUAUUACAUUGGAAAUAGUGAAUGGGAUUUAUUGAACGCAACGGCUGUGGUUCGAACCGAAGAAGACACUGAUGUCGCAUUUUUCUACGAAGAAGCUGACUUCACAAUCACGAUCAAGCGCCGCCCACAAUUCUAUAUCUGGGUUUUACUAAUCCCAACCUUUAUCAUCACAAUUGUUUCACUUUUCGGACUAUUUAUUCCGACAAAUACCAGUGGAGAACGAGAGCAAAGGGUGGUGUUGGGGCUUACAACACUACUCUCCCAUGCGGUCAUCCUACAAAUUGUUGCAGAUGCGAUGCCGAAGACGAACGAUCUACCUUUAUUAGGCAACUUCAUCUUGGCCGAAAUCUUCGUGACAGCAAUCGGUGUGCUCUUUUCCGUGCUAAUCCUUAGCUUACACAACCGUGCGCUAACAAGGGGCUGGAGUGUUCCACAAUGGGUCCGUUGGAUACUGCAUUUUCCAAAGGUGCGAAGAAGAAAACGUUUGCGCCGAAUUCCAGUUGAGACGCCAGGAGCGCCACCGGCAGGAGUGCUCGGUGAUCUUUGUUCAAUAUUGGGCCGCGUGGACGAAUGGAUCCUUGAGGAAGAGAAUAACAAGUUACGAGAGGCAAAAACUAUCCGACGAUGUAACGUAUCCAUUCAGAUCCGCUGGACAAGCCUCUUUGAUCGAAUCGACCUCCUGCUCUUGGCCAUCUUUCAAAUCGGCAACAUAUUUGUCACCAUUUUCACUAUA